AGAAAGAUGGAUGGUGAGGAGAAGGCGCGAGCUUCUGGCAGACGAUCAAGUCACAGCAGCUUGAGCAGAAGCAUAAGCAGGAGCUUGAUCAGGGCUGGUUGGAACAUGGAAGAAAUGUUUUCUGUUGGCAGGGAUUCUAGGAGAACCAACCUUGUCGAUGGAGAUGAAGAGGCUCUAAAAUGGGCUGCCAUAGAGAAGUUACCAACAUACAACAGAUUAAGAACAAGUAUCAUCCAAUCUUUUGUGGAGUCCGAGGUCCAAGGCAAUAAGCUGCUGCUGCAUAAAGAAGUUGAUGUGAGAAAGCUCGACAUGAAUGACAGGAAAACUUUCAUCGACAAUCUUUUUAAGGUUGCAGAGGAAGAUAAUGAAAAAUUCUUGAAAAAAUUCAGACAAAGAGUUGACAAGGUUGGAAUCCGACUCCCAACAAUUGAGGUUAGGUUUGAACAUUUGACCGUUGAAGCGGAUUGUCACAUUGGCACCAGAGCUCUUCCCACACUUCCAAAUGCUGCAAGAAACAUUGCUGAAUCAGCUCUUGGUAUGGUUGGGAUUAAUUUGUCUGAGAGAACAAAGCUCACAAUACUCAAAGAUGCAUACGGGCUUAUAAAACCAUCAAGGAUGGCUCUAUUAUUAGGGCCACCAUCCUCGGGCAAAACAACGCUUCUGUUGGCUCUAGCAGGAAAGCUGGACCCGAGUCUCAAGGUUAAAGGAGACAUAACAUAUAAUGGAUAUCGACUAGAUGAAUUUGUGCCACGGAAAUCAUCAGCAUAUAUCAGCCAAAAUGAUGCUCACAUAGGAGAACUGACUGUGAAAGAAACCUUGGAUUUCUCAUCAAGGUGUCAGGGGGUCGGGACACGAUAUGAUCUCCUAAGUGAACUUGCAAGAAAAGAGAAGGAACGUGGAAUAUUUCCAGAGGCAGAAGUGGAUCUUUUCAUGAAGGCAACUGCAAUGGAAGGAGUUCAAAGCAGUCUUAUUACUGACUACACACUCAAAAUAUUAGGACUUGAUAUAUGCAAGGACACCGUUGUUGGAGAUGAAAUGAUACGGGGAAUAUCGGGUGGACAGAAAAAGAGAGUGACGACAGGAGAGAUGAUGGUUGGGCCCACGAAGACACUAUUCAUGGAUGAGAUAUCUACCGGUCUGGAUAGCUCCACAACAUACCAAAUAGUGAAGUGCUUGCAGCAUAUCGUGCACCACACUGAGGCCACAGUCAUGGUGUCCCUGCUCCAGCCUGCUCCUGAGACGUUUGAUCUCUUUGACGAUAUCAUCUUUUUAUCUGAAGGCCAGAUUGUGUACCAGGGCCCACGAGAGCACAUCCUUGCUUUCUUUGAGAGCUGUGGGUUCCGCUGCCCUGAGAGAAAGGGCGCUGCUGAUUUCUUACAAGAGGUUACUUCAAAGAAAGACCAAGAGCAGUAUUGGGUUGACAGAAGUAAGCCAUAUAGAUGCAUAACAGUCCCGGAAUUUGCUGAGAGGUUCAAGAGGUUCCAUGUGGGCAUGCGAAUAGAGAAUGAGCUUUCAUUGCCAUUUGACAAGUCCCGAGGCCACGGAGCAGCACUAUCAUUCUCAAAGUACACAGUUCCGAAAAUGGAACUACUCAAGGCAUGCUGGGAUAGAGAAUGGAUAUUGGUUCGGAGAAAUGCGUAUGUCUAUGUGGCCAAGACUGUCCAACUUAUUAUCAUGGCAAUUAUAGUGUCAACGCUAUUUAUAAAGUCUAGAAUGCAUACAAGAAAUGAAGAAGAUGGAGCAGUGUAUAUUGGUGCUCUUUUGUUUACCAUCGUCAUUAACAUUUUCAAUGGUUUCGCUGAGCUCGCACUUGUAAUCAAGAGGCUUCCCGUCUUUUACAAGCAAAGAGAACUACAAUUCCAUCCUGCCUGGACUUUCACCCUGCCAACUUUCUUGCUGCAGCUGCCAUCGUCAAUAAUCGAGUCUCUUGUUUGGGUGUCAAUUACGUAUUACUCCAUUGGUUUUGCACCGGAAGCCGACAGGUUUUUCAAGCAACUGCUACUGGUAUUUUUCAUUCAACAAAUGGCUGCGGGCCUCUUUAGGCUUAUUGCUGGGGUCUGCAGGACCAUGAUCAUUGCCAGCACAGGCGGGGCUCUCACUCUGCUCCUUGUUUUCUUGCUUGGAGGUUUCAUCUUACAUAAAGGUACCAUUCCAAAUUGGUGGGAAUGGGGCUACUGGGUUUCCCCUUUGUCUUAUGGCUACAAUGCCAUAGCUGUGAACGAAAUGUUCGCUCUCAGGUGGAUGAACAAUCUGACUUCAGACAACGCUGCCGGAUUAGGCGCAGCAGUGCUCGAUAGCUUUGGUGUUUAUACUGAUAAGAACUGGUAUUGGAUAGGCACAGCUGCUAUUCUAGGUUUUGCUGUUCUAUUCAAUGUUCUCUUCACCAUUUCUCUCGAGUACUUAAGCCCUCCUGGAAAGCCACGGGCCAUAAUCUCUGAGGAAACAACAAAAGAAGGAACCACGUCAAAGAAAGGUUCACUCCCGCAGUCAUUAGCCUCUUCGGAUGGAAACAAUACGAGUAAAAUUGAACUCUUGAGAAUGAGCAGCCCAUCCAAUCCCAGUGGACCAAUUAAAAAUUCCGAUUCAACUCUUGAAGCAGCAAAUGGAGUUGCUCCUAAGAGAGGAAUGGUCCUCCCUUUCACUCCUCUUUCCAUGUCCUUCGACGAUGUGAAUUAUUUUGUGGACAUGCCUGCUGAAAUGAAGGAGCAAGGAGUUCCAGAGGAUCGGUUGCAGCUACUUCGAGAAGUAACGGGAGCUUUUAGGCCUGGAGUCCUCACGGCAUUAAUGGGAGUCAGUGGAGCUGGAAAGACUACACUGAUGGAUGUUUUGGCCGGAAGAAAGACUGGUGGAUACGUUGACGGUGAUAUUAGAAUUUCCGGGUUCCCCAAGAAGCAGGAAACGUUUGCAAGAAUUUCUGGGUAUUGCGAACAGAAUGAUAUCCACUCUCCUCAAGUCACUGUUAAAGAAUCAUUGAUUUAUUCAGCAUUUCUUCGUCUCCCUAAAGAAGUCGGUAAACAAGAAAAGAUGAAUUUUGUGGAUGAAGUGGCGGAAUUGGUAGAGCUGGACAAUCUCAAGGACGCUAUAGUUGGGCUUCCAGGAAUUACAGGGUUGUCCACAGAACAGAGAAAGAGAUUAACAAUAGCAGUGGAGCUGGUUGCUAAUCCCUCCAUCAUUUUCAUGGAUGAACCAACUUCUGGUCUUGAUGCAAGGGCAGCUGCCAUUGUUAUGAGGACUGUGAGAAACACCGUGGAUACUGGAAGAACAGUUGUCUGUACGAUUCAUCAACCUAGCAUUGACAUCUUUGAAGCCUUUGAUGAAUUGUUAUUAAUGAAGAGGGGAGGACAAGUAAUAUACUCUGGAACAUUGGGUCGAAAUUCUUGCAAGAUCAUUGAGUACUUUGAGGCCAUUCACGGAGUCCCUAAAAUAAAAGAAAAGUACAAUCCGGCAACAUGGAUGCUAGAAGUGAGUUCAGCUGCAGUUGAGGUCCGGCUUGGAAUGGACUUUGCAGAACACUACAAAUGUUCAUCUUUGUAUCAGAGAAACAAGGCUUUGGUGAAGGAGUUGAGCACGCAAAAGCCAGGAGCAAAAGACCUUUAUUUUGCCACUCGGUAUUCGGAGUCAAUAUGGGGACAGUUCAAAUCUUGCCUCUGGAAGCAGUGGUGGACAUACUGGAGAACUCCUGAUUACAACCUUGUUAGAUACAUCUUUACCUUGCUUUGUGCUCUUAUGGUUGGUAGCAUAUUCUGGAAGAUUGGGACUCGAAGGGAGAGCUCAAGUGAUCUGUCUAUGAUUAUCGGUGCCAUGUAUUCUUCUGUCCUGUUUGUUGGUAUUAACAACUGCCAAACAGUACAACCAGUGGUAGCUGUUGAAAGAACGGUGUUUUACCGAGAAAAAGCAGCUGGGAUGUAUUCUGCAUUACCUUAUGCCAUUGCACAGGUUGUUUGUGAAAUACCAUACGUAUUUGUUCAAGCUACUUAUUAUACACUCAUUGUAUAUGCCAUGGUGGCCUUUGAAUGGACUGCAGCCAAAUUCUUCUGGUUCUUCUUCAUCAAUUUCUUAUCCUUCCUUUACUUCACGUACUACGGAAUGAUGGCUGUUUCCGUCACCCCAAACCACCAAAUAGCAGCCAUCUUUGCAGGAGCAUUCUAUUCUCUCUUCAAUCUUUUCUCUGGCUUCUUUAUACCAAGACCGAAAAUCCCCAAGUGGUGGGUCUGGUACUAUUGGAUUUGCCCUGUAGCGUGGACAGUAUAUGGACUGAUUGUGUCCCAGUAUGGCGACGUUCAGGACACCAUUAAAGUUCCUGGUUAUGAUGAAAAUCCUCAAAUAAAGUUCUAUAUACAAGACCAUUAUGGGUUUGACCCAGAUUUCAUGGGGCCGGUUGCUGCGGUAUUAAUUGGCUUUGCAGUCUUCUUUGCAUUUUUGUAUGCCUUCUGCAUAAGGACACUGAACUUCCAGGCAAGAUAGGCAGCAAGAUUUGUACGUCAAGCUGAGCUUGGAGAUGUAUAAUAUGUAGCAAUGUUUAUGAAGAGAUGUUGAGAAUCAAGAUAUUCAAGCUGUGCUUCUUUCUUUUCUAGUUGUGAGACGGACAACUGACAAC